CACAAUACAAACACUUAAAAAGGUUAAAAAUUUUAUCAUGGAGCUUGUGUCCUCAAAACCUUUUGUUAUGUGGAAGCUUGUGGUAUGCAUUGCAAUGCUAGUUCUAUCGCCGGCGCUUGCAGAAGAAACACAAGAAACAUCAUCUGCAGUGAAACCAGACAAUAUUUUAGAUUGCAUAAAGUCUUUGGGGAGUGUGGGAGGAUGCAUCGAUGCGAUAAAAGAGUUGAUUUCCCAUAAUAACUUUGCGAAUUUGGGGAAAGAAUGUUGCGAGGCUCUGACUAACCUUGGUGACAAUUGUUGGCCUAUAAUUUUUCCGGAUGAGCCUACCGUCCCUAUUCUGGUUAAGACUGUAUGUGCUUUUGUAGGAGCAAAGGAAGCUAAAAAGGCAAAUUGAACUUUUGAUGGAGACUUAUGUGGUUUUUUGAUAUAAAUAAGUUGUCAACUCCAAUGGAGAGAUUCAAUGUUUAUGAGUUCGAAAGGAUGUCAAAUUCAAAUCUUAAAUUGGACGAGGAGAAAUUAAAAAACAAGGGAGGGUUAUUUUUUUUAUAUAAUUUAUAAUUAAAUAUAUCAAAAAAUAUAAAUAAGUUGUCUUUUU